AUGAGCAAGCCAAAGGUCGGAAUCAAUGGAUUCGGUCGCAUUGGACGACUUGUCCUGAGGGCUGCAGUUGAAAAGAAUACCGUGGAAGUUGUGGCCGUCAAUGAUCCGUUCAUCAACAUUGAUUACAUGGUAUACAUGUUCAAAUAUGAUUCAACUCAUGGCCGCUUCAAGGGUGAUGUGUGUGCGGAAGGUGGCAAGCUUGUUGUUUCGUUUGGUGGUUCCACUCAUCAAAUCACUGUACACAACAGCAAGGACCCCGCCGAAAUCCCGUGGGGAGCCGACGGCGCGGAAUAUGUGGUGGAAUCCACAGGUGUUUUCACAACCAUUGAGAAGGCCAAUGCCCACAUGAAAGGUGGCGCCAAGAAGGUGGUCAUCUCGGCGCCAUCCGCCGACGCGCCGAUGUUUGUGAUGGGUGUCAAUGAAGAUAAGUAUGAUAAGAAUACCAACCACAUCAUCUCGAAUGCCUCCUGCACUACCAACUGUCUGGCACCGCUCGCUAAGGUGAUCCAUGACAAAUUUGGCAUCAUUGAGGGACUGAUGACCACUGUGCACGCGACAACCGCCACUCAGAAGACCGUCGACGGACCGUCCGGGAAAAUGUGGCGAGAUGGCCGUGGCGCUGGCCAGAACAUCAUUCCAGCCAGCACUGGCGCUGCUAAAGCUGUCGGGAAAGUCAUUCCGGCUCUUAAUGGGAAACUUACCGGUAUGGCUUUCCGUGUGCCAACACCGGAUGUCUCAGUGGUUGAUCUCACUUGCCGUCUUGAGAAGGGCGCAAGCAUGGAUGAAAUUAAAGCCGUUGUGAAAGCAGCUGCUGAGGGACCGAUGAAAGGAAUUCUUGGAUACACCGAAGAUCAGGUUGUUUCAACGGACUUCACCGGCGAUCCACGCUCGUCGAUCUUCGAUGCCUUGGCAUGCAUUUCACUGAAUGCGAACUUCGUCAAGUUGAUUUCGUGGUACGAUAAUGAGUACGGCUACAGCAACCGUGUCGUCGACCUCAUCUCGUACAUCGCGAGCAAGUGA